GGCGCUCGGCUCCCGGUGGUGGAGGAGGACGAAGGCUGCAGCACGCCGGGGUUCGAGGAGCGACUACGGCACCGGCGAAGAGGAGGGAGCCGGCGGCGCGGGCUGCCGUUCAACCGCAGCGGCUACUACCUGCUUGUAGUGAUCGGGGAGGUGGGGUCGGAGCAGCAGCUGGACGCGGCCAGAGCCCAGAUAGAGCGAGGAAUUCGAUCCUGGGACGUCGAUCUGAAGUGCUGCGACCUUGAUCAGCAGCUGCAGCUGUUUAUAACUCGCCACUCUGCUCACUUCUCCACCGAGGUCAGAGGUCAAAGGACUCUCCAGCACACGAGUGAUGUCUUAGAGACUGUGGUGCUUGUCAACCCCUCAGAAGACACUGUUGUGUCAGAGAUCCAGUCUUUUGUGACAGACUCUGCAGGACACAAGCUUCUGGUCUUAACUGGCCAGAGCUCAGAUCACGGUGGCCUUCUUCUUCAGACCGGAGUUUUUACCCCUCAGAUCUUUUCACAAAUCUUUACUGAUCCUGGGGUCAGUGAGUUGCUGGGAACAGCAGCCCCCAAGCAGCAGGCAACACUUACUGUGUCCUGCCGCGGGGAGGUGGGCUGGAGCUCCGUGGGACAGCUGCAGGCUCUCAAACAGUUCUUGGAGUACAAGCUAAACCCAGAGCCUGUUCUCCCCAAAAUGGAGGGCAUCACAGAGUUCACAGAGUAUGUCUCUGAAACUGUUGACGUACCUUCGCCCUUUGACCUCCUGGAGCCUCCCACCUCUGGGGGCUUCCUAAAGCUCUCGAAGCCAUGUUGCUACAUCUUUCCCGGGGGUCGAGGAGACUCCGCACUCUUUGCUGUGAAUGGAUUCAACAUCUUAGUGGAUGGAGGCUCUGAGAGGAAGUCCUGCUUCUGGAAACUGGUGCGUCACUUAGACCGCAUCGACUCAGUUCUCCUCACACACAUCGGAGCUGACAACCUCCCCGGUAUCAACGGUCUCCUUCAGAGGAAGAUAGCGGAACAGGACGAGGAGCAGUCUCAAGGCUCCACCAACUACAGCGACUGGAUGAAGAACUUGAUUUCUCCUGAGCUCGGCGUUGUUUUCUUCAAUGUGCCAGAGAAGCUCCGUAUGCCAGAAUCAAAUCUCAAAGUGAAACGCAGCAUUGAAGAGGCUUCACUGACUUUGCAGCAUCUUAACAAACUGGGAAUCAAGCCAGAGCCUCUUUUCCGAGUGGUCAGCAACACCAUUGAGCCUAUUACCCUUUUCCACAAGAUGGGAGUGGGGAGGUUAGACAUGUAUGUUCUUAACCCCGUCAAAGACAGUAAGGAGAUGCAGUUUUUAAUGCAGAAGUGGGCUGGUAACAGCAAGGCCAAAACGGGCAUUGUGCUGCCCAAUGGUAAAGAAGGAGAAAUAUCUGUGCCCUACCUGACAUCAGUUACAGCCUUAGUCGUCUGGCUUCCUGCCAGCCCCGCCGAAAAGAUUGUCCGAGUGCUGUUCCCUGGAAAUGCACCGCAAAACAAGAUUUUAGAGGGUCUAGAGAAAUUAAAGCAUCUUGACUUCCUGCGAUACCCUGUAGUUACACAAAAAGACAUCACUUCAGGAGCUCCACCGUCAGUUAUUAAACAAACUAAGUUAAAACAAAGGACGGAUAGCAAAGAGAGCCUCAAAUCCUCCCCUAAAACCAUUGCAAAAGUCUCAAAGAAGGAAACAGAAGGACAAGAUGAUGCGUCAAACAUCACGGAGGCAAAGAGUGACUCUGUGAAGGAAAAUAUUUUAGAGAAAAAAGAAGAGAAAAAGCCAACCAAGACUAUAAAAUCUAAAACCGAGGUGACGGAAAAGAAAAAACUCUUGAAAGAAAAAUCAUUAAAAAAGCAUUCCAAGGAAAGGACGUCAAAACUGGAUGAGAAAAAGGACAAGGAAAAGAAAGAAAUAAAGAAAGUAAAGAAAGAUGACUCUGCCAAAAAAGACGAGAAGAAAGACGCCAAGUCAAAGGAGGACAAGAAGAAGGACGCAUCCAAACCCGAGCUGAGAAAGAUGACAAAACCUGAUUUAAAGCCACUUACACCUGAAGUGAGGAAGACGUUACAUAAAGCUAAAGCGUCGAGUAAAGCCAAAACUGUGAAAAGCAAAGCAACAAAGGCUGAACCUGCUGAACUCAAAGCUGACGAGGCAAAACCUGAAGUUAUUCAGCCUGAACCUACAGAAAAACAAACUGCUGGAGGCAUGUCUGCUACUUCUACGCCUGAAGACCUCACCAAGGCGUUUGAAGAACUAAAAAAAGACGAAGUUGAUGCUGUGUCAGCAGAGCCACAGGAAAGUAAAGAAGUUUCACCUGGACCAACAGCACAAAGCCUUAUCCAAGAGAAGAGUGAAGCACAAGAAGCUGUUUCAGAAAUCCAGCAGGAAACAAAAUCCCCUGAAAAGGGGGCCUUAGCUCCAGCUGUAGGUGCAGAUACUGACUCCCAAGUGAAGGAGUCGCCUGAAGAGGAAGAGAUGGAGGAGGCUCAAAAGUUUGAGGAUGAGGGAGCAGCAUCGCAGGAUGAGGACGAGACAGAGGAAGAAGCAUCAGCUGCAGAAAAGAAAGUCAUGGAGAAGGAGGAAGAGGAGGAGGAGGAGGAGGACAUGGGAAUCGGUGUAGAUGAAGAUGAAUCAAAAUGGAAGGAGGUGAAGGAUGAUGAGUUUGACAGAAAACACGAGCUAGAAGAAAUGGAGAAAUCAGAAACUCUAGCUGCAAAGGCUGUGACAUCGCAGGAGCUUCAGAUGCCUCUAUUCAAGGGUGAGAAGCAGGAAGAAGAGGAAGAGGAGGAGGAAGAAGAGGAGGUGAUGGAGAAAGCUGAACUGGAAGAAGUGGAAGAUCUAGAUGUAAUAGCUGAUGAAGAGAUCAAAGUCCAUCCUGAAGAUGCAGCAGACAGCAAAACCAGCGAAAUCCUGGCUGCAGCUAAAGUUGAAGAAGAGGAGGAUGAAGAUCGUUACCUUUCACAUAUCGAAGGGGCCACUGCUCCCAUCAGCUCCGUAAUUCAAGGCACUGCAGCAGGAGAACAAGUCUCCUACAUUCAGGACGAGAUGAUUCCUGGCUACUCUGAAACAGAGCAGACCAUCUCUGAUGAGGAGAUUCAUGAGGAGGCGGAGGAGAGAAUACCACACCUUCAGUACGAUGUGGGCGCAUAUGACAUCUCUGUUCCAGAUCAGACGGGAUCCUUCGUAGACAUUCAUGGCAUGAAGGAAAUGCAAGCUGCUGCUAUGACUGAGAAAGGUUUUAUUCCAGGUGUCCAAGAACAAGUGUCGGUUUUCACCAACAUCAUCACCGCUCCUCUGGCAGAAGAAGAACACGUGUCUUCUGCAACCUCCAUCACCGAAUAUGACAAGAUGUCCUCCUUUCCUACUUCUAUUGCUGAUGAUCAGUCUGUUGCAUCGGUUGCUGCACCUCUGGCUGAGGAGCCACCUAAAACAUCUGCAACUUCAUCAGUGACGCCAAACUCUAGCCAAGGCAAAGAGCAGCCGCGCUCUGCAGGAAGUCUAUCACCACCUUCUUUAGAAGACGACAAACUAUCAAAGUCUCCAUCUGACUUACAGCUUCCUAUUGUGGAGGGGAAGACUGCUGCUGAGGUCCCUGUUGCAGCAGAAGAAGAGGAGGAAGAGGAUGAGGAGGAAGAAGACCAAACUCCUAAUGUUGACAUUCCACUUACAAAACUCCAAGAGGGCUAUGCUUCAUCCAAAACCCUACAUAGCAAAGAGGCAAACAUGGAAAAGAGUCCAGGUUCUCCUGAAAAGGUUCAGUAUGACAUCAAACCAGUUCACCUGCCAGUUGAAGAGGUAAAUAUCGAUGCAGUAGCUCCUAAAGACACUUCCUCUGUUGUGCCUACGAGACCAUUUGGAUCAGAUUCCGUCACAUCAGAGAGCGAGGAGCGUUGUUUCAGCCCGGAUGAUAUCACUGUGAAAAUGGCUUCCCCGCCACAGUCCGGACGCUCAAGUGCAGCUCACUCGCCACUCCACCACUCUCCGGUGGAAGACAAGAUGAAGGUUUUCCUAGAUUUGGAGCAGCAAAAACAAGAGGUUCUUCACGAUGUGGUCACAGCAAAGGAUGACGAGAUAGAUCAGGAAGACCAUGAGGAAACAAAAACCCAGAAAGAAGCCGAUUACAAGGAAGAAGGUCAGCUUGAAGCAGCAGUUUCAAAAUCUGAUGACAUGAAAAAGGUUCUGGUAAUGGAAGAAACAGAGAAAGACUCAUUAGUGCCAAAAGAGGACGACAAAAAAGUAGAAACAAUACCUGCUGCUGCUUCAUCUUUAACAGAAGCAAAGCUACCUGUCGAAGACUCAGACACUGAUUUUAAGGAGGAGGAACCAAAAGUGCCUUCACCACCAAAAAUUCCAGGGAGGAAAAGUAGCUUCAGGUACGAUGAUGUCGAUAAUGAUUAUGAUGAUGACAAGAAAGAUGAUGAUAAUGACAAAACUACUAUUAAAAGCAUCUGUGUGGAACCAGAGACAAUAAAGGAUGACACUUCAGAUCUCAAACAAAUCAAGGACGAACCUAAAGAGAAAGCUGUCAUUCAGGUAAAGGUUCCAACAGCUGAGUCUUUCAUAGACGAGAAGGCAGAUGAACAUGCAGGAAAAGAAGAUUUAGAUAUUAAACCUGCCAAAGAAGAAGAAAAGGAAGAAGCAAAGGACACAGUCACUGUAGGCAAAGCUGUUAAAGAGGCCAAAGAAACAGAAAGAGAGGACACUCUUAAGAUGACAACAACUCAACAAGCAGAAAGGGAAACUGUAACUUCUGAGGCCAAACAAAUAAAGGAUGAGCAAAAAAAGGAGGAAGAAAUACAAGAGGAUAAAUCUGACCUCAGAUCCAAGGAAGAUUUUCAUGGGAUGGAGUCUAAAAUCGAUGAUGUUCCUGACAAAAAAAUCUCAAAAGAAGAAACUAUCACUGAGCUAGAAAAGACUGAUACCUUUCAAGAUUCAACUCAUGAAAGAGAAACUGAAAAGGAUCAGCCUUCAGAUACUAAAUCGGCUACAGAAGAGGUGAUGGAAGAUCAAAAGAAAGAUGAUAAGACCAUCACUGAGCCUUCCAAAGAUGAGAAGGAAGAAACAUUAGAUGUCCAAGCAAAAGAGGACACAAAAAAUGAAAAACAUUUGGAAGAAAAGGAUCUGUCUGCUUCUAAGUCCUUCACAGGUGAACAGAGCAAAGAAGAAGAAGAAGCAACUGCUGACAUUGUUAUUAAGUUUGGAAAAGAAGACGUUAGUCAGAUGGAUGAACCUCCUGUUACCAUGAAAGAAGAAGCAGGACAAGAAAUUAGUAAGGAUGUGAUCUUCCCCAUCAGCCUCUCUGGUGUGGAGGAGAAAGAAGUGACAGUGACUAAGGAUGAGAAUUUGUCAGCGAAGACAACAAUUUCCCCAGAAAAGGACAAAGUCCCAUGUGGAGAAGAUAUUACUGACAUGAAACCUUCCAAGGAAGAAAACAAAGAUAUAACAUCAAGCAAGGAUGAUGCACAUGUCCCAGAGCAGGAUGAGGACAGGAAGUCAGAGGAAAGGGCUGAACAACAAAGUACAGAGGAAACUCCUGCUGUUGAACGAAAAACUGGAGAAAAAGAGGACCAUGAUGAAAGUAAAACCACAGCUGAUGCAGUUCAACAUAUCAAGAUGGAAGAAGAGCCUGUAAUCACAUUAAUUUCAAAGGCAAAAGAAACACCUCAAACAGAAAGAGAAAGUCCAGGAGGAGAACAGGAACAAAAAGCAAGUAUAAUUUCCACUUCUGCUGAUGAACCGGCUCAUAUCGUGAAGCAAGAUGUAAUUAAAACCGAGCACGAGCCCACUGUCAAAACACUCAAAGAAGAAACAAUUGUGGAGGAUGUUAUUAAUGUAGCUGCACAUGCCAUGCAGGAUGAAAAAGACAAAGAAAUCUGUAAAGAUGUGAGUGCUGCUGAAACGACAGCAGAAAAAAAAGAGUCGACAGUAGACAAGGAAGAAACACUCACUGUCAAGCUGUCCUAUGAAGAACAAAUGACAAUUCAUGAUCAUAGUGUCACUGACAAGCACAUCAAGGAUGAGAAGGACACAACUACUGAUGCAUUUUCUGAUAUAAAACCCAGUGAACUUAAAGAAACAAAAGACCCAGCUGUUGUGCACCCCCUCAUAGAAAAAAAGAAAGAUGAAGUCAAAGAUAUUACGUCAUCAGAGGAGUCAAAAGAAACAUUACCAGGAGAUGCUGAGGAAAUUAAGCUCAAAAAAGACGAUGAAAAAAUCACUAUUGCUGAGCAUGCACCUGUUAAGGAACAAAAAGACACAGAUAGUUCAGUGAAAACUGCUAAAGAGGACAAAGACAGUGAAAAAAGAGAUGUUUCUGAUGAACAAACUCUGAGUGACAGCAGUGAGAAGGUGGACUUUGGUGACCAGAAAUCAGUUUUGGAGCAGAUGAAGCACACUAAUGAUCCCAGCGAUGCAAAUAAAGCAAAAGACACUGCUACUACCACUGACACAAAAGACAAAGAGACACCCAAGAGUGAAACAUUCAAGGAGGAAAAGGUUGAAGUCGAACAGGACCAUCAAGGUGAGCCAGUUAAACAAGAAUAUGUAACAGAGACAUACACUCCAACAUCUAGCACCACAGAAGAAGAAAAAGGUGAAGACUAUUAUUUAUUUGAUUCAAAAUCCAAAAUGUCUGGUGUGGAAGAGGUAGCUUUUCCAAAGAAAGAGGAGAUGAAACAUGUUAAUGGUCAGGCCACAUAUGGAGAUCCUUUUGAGAAGCUACCUGGAGCUCAAACAGAGAAGGAAACUACCUCAGGAGAAACACAACAAGAAGCAUUAGUGAAAGAUGACUUCUGCAUGUCUUCCCACCACAUUCAGGAAGAGAAAAAAGACAAAGACUCCAAGGGCAUUAGUCAAGAAGAAAAGAUGGAGACAGAAAAAGAUGAUGCACAUGUGGCUGAACUGAGCAAAGAACAGAAAAUGGAGAAAGAACAGGAAAAAGAUUAUACUUAUGAAGACAUCAAAGACGAAAAAACAAAACCAGCUGAGGAUGACAAGAUAAUUAAAGAAAAGGAUGUGGCUCUUGAGAAGGUAGAUGACAUGACACAAAAAGAAAAGUCUGAUUAUAUAGAUGGGGAUCACACCAAAGAGGAGAAAUGGGAGAAAGAGGAAGUUCAGGAGAAAGACCAGGACAAAGGUGUUAAACAGUCUACUCAACCAUCAUCAGGAGAAACAGUGUUGCCAUCCAAGUCAGAUUACAAACCUGCAUUUGUGGUUCAGUCAUCAGAUGAAGACAGAGAAGAGGAUGAAGAGGAGGAUAUUUGUAUGGGAGGAGCAGGUUCCAGACCUCUGUCUGUGGAGUCAAAAACUCCGGACCAUGACUUUUCCUCUGUUUGUUGGACUUUAAGUCAAACUCCACAAACAAGUGAUCAAAGUAAACCACCUAUGUCUCAGCAGCCCACUGUAAUAAUACCUACUCUCAAAAUGCAGGAGCCCUCUGUGGAUGAAGAUGUCAAGGAGUUUGGAAAAGAAGAACCUAGAUUUUCACCUGAAGCAGAAAAAGUUGUUGUGAGAACAGGAUCCACGCCUGAACCACUUACCAAGCCAGAGUCGUCUUUUGAUGUUGUCACAUCAAAGAAAGAAGAAACUGUUUGUGAUGUCACAGCUGCCAAAACAGAACCAAAAUCAGAACCAACAGAGAAAAAGCCUUUGUUGUCAACACUAUCGAGCACUGAGAGCCAACAACAGAGCUCCACGCUUUCAAGCACCGAAAGCCAGUCCAGCAUGGAGGAAACACUGCAACAAGAAAAAGAAGUCCCGUCUCACAUGAGCUCAGGAUUAGAGGCUGCGGGGGAGACGAUGCUUGAUGGGAAACCAGAAAAGGAAGCAGAGAGGGAGACAGAAGGAGAAAGAGAGGCAGCUUCUCCAGAAUUAUCACAACCUUGUUCAUAUUUUAUGUUAGACAAACAGGCUGUUGAUGCUAGUCACACCACUGGCUCUGCAAAAACAGACACUGAUGAAAAAAUGAGCUCGAAUAGAGAUGUCAUCGGUGGAGGCCUCGGAAGUGAGGCGCAACCCUUUGGGGCAUCCAAAUAUGAUCCAUACGAGAAACCCGUCCCAAAAGACCAUGAUUUAGACUCGAGAGAAGAGGGUGAGGCCGCACAUGGUUUUGAUAAUGCUUCUGACAUCUGCAUUGAUGAUAACCGAAGAACAAGCCAAACCGAGACCGGAGGAGCCACGUUCCUCCUGGACGAUCAGUACAAAGAGGAACCUCUGUCCUUCAGUAGAGUCGACUACAGCCCUGAGUCCCUCCCAAAGAGCGAAAAGAGCAUGCAGCACAGUCGAAGUGAGUCCCCAAAGAAUGAAGUCAGAGAAAAAGGCCAAGAGGAGGAGAGUGAAAGAGAAGAAAUAGCAGCCACAUCAUCUGUUGACAACAGCUACUUAUCCUCAAAUAUACAAGAUAAUAAAAUGUCCCAAGCUGAUGAAUCCUGUUAUUUUAGCCCCAAAGAGGAUAAACCUGAGAAAUCUGAGAAAGAGAAAGAAGACAUGAGGGAAGAACCUGCAGCACAUUCUCAAAUACAUCCAAUGGGAGGAGAUGACAUCAUUUCAACUACUGCCAUUCAAUCAGCAGCUGUGCCACAAGAAGCAACCUCUCCCUCACAGAGCCACCCAGAUCUCAGUGCCUCAGCUUCCAGUGAAACUUUUGGGGAAAUUAUGGAAAAAGAGAAAGAAAAGUCUACUGAUCUGCUAAAAGACAAAAUGGAAACCUCUGAUCAUUCAAGAGAGGGAUCUCCAUCUGGUCGGCAUUCACCUGCAGAAAAGGACAUUUUACUUCAACAGGCGUCACUCUUACCAAGACAAGAAACACCAUCUGCAUUGAGGUCUGGAGCUUCAGCGACAUUAAGACAUGAAAUAGACGAUAAUGUUCUGGUAUCUGAUAACAGUCAAAUUAGCAGCUCUGCCUCUUGUAAAUCUUUAAGUUUUCCAGAGGGAAAAGACAGCAUGAUGGAUAAACGGCUACUGGUGGAGGGGGAAGAUUUCAGUGUUGACGACGAUGAAGAUGACGAGGAGGAGGAAGACGAAGAGGAAGAGUCAAGUGAUGUGGAUGUGGAAAAGGGUGCCAGAGAACUGUCCGAAAAAGAAAUGUGCAGACGUAGUUCAGACAAUGAUGCGACUCCAGCAAAAACAGAGGACUCUAAUAAAAUGCCUCAGCUGCCUGAAUCAAGUUUCCUGAAAGAGCAGCCGACCUGUAAAUCAACUCCUGAUGAUGCCUCAGCUUUUCAAGUUACAGACACAGACAAGAAGGAUGUAGGUGGGAAACCGGAGGAUACACUCAGAGCCAUGACAGCGAAACCUCUUGAGACGAGUCAAGACGUAGGAGGAACAACUCAAAAAGAGGAAAGUAGUUUUACAUCAGAGCCCCCAACAUAUUUAGACAAAAUGGAAGCAGAUGAAAAAGACAAAACAGAUUUUUCCCCUGAACCCAUUACAAAGACUAGGUUGCCCAUGACAGAAGACGUUACUUCAUCUGAAGCAAUAAAAUCAGAAAAUAAAGAUGAAGACAAAGUAUCACUUUCAUUUGAGUCUAAAUUUGAGACAAAGGAAACCUGCCAGCCAACAUCUACGACCACUUCUUUGCCAGCUGAUUCUUCUGACUUAAUGUCCAAGCCUACAUCUAGUCCAGUGUCUACUCUAACUGGUAGCUAUGCUGAUAUUGGACUGAGCAGCUCUGGAGAGCAUUCUGAGUAUUUUCACAGUGAAGGUAGUCACGUUGAACUAAAAACAGAAAAGACAGAAACCUGUGUGCUCUCAGAUGCUUCCAGGCUGUCCAGGUCAACCGAUGAUCAAUACUGCAGCCAAAGACCCGUACAAGAAGAAGGCUUGAGUGAGAGGUGGACUCCUGAUAGAACAACAGAACAUGAGGAAACUGCGUACUCAGGUGGCACAUACACUACCUUAACAUACUCUUCUUCAACAUACUCUACAUCACACAGUUGCUCAUCUCCUGCCUCAGUGUCUGCUCUUGGCCCACACUUUGGAGACAAAGUUGACACUUUCACAAUCCCAACCUCCAAAUUACCUUUAGCCAAAGAGGAGAUUUCAUUCACAGGAGCGUCCACAAGCUCCUCCUGCUUCGGAGGUUUUCAGAGAGACGAGUAUAUGGAGGUGGUGUCCAAACCAUCAUUUCAAGAUUCAUCCAGCACUACCAAGCAGUCUGAGGAUCAAGAGCCAAAACCAGAUACAAAACUGAGCACUGAGAUUGCAGCAUCCUCCCCAGAACGUCCUCUAACAAGUGCAAAACCAUUAAAUGUGGAGGACGGUUCCUUUCUAUCAGAAGCUUGCUAUGAUGCGUCUCCUGUCCAAAGGGCUGACUCUUCUGACCGGGAAACCCAUAAAAAGGAGCCCAUAACACUUGAAAUGGAAGUCAGCACUCUACCAUGUCGUACUGAAUGCCAAAAAAUCAAAGUGGCUGACCAAAAAGAGACUUUUCCAUCAGUAACUGAGUCCUUUUCAGUGAAGAGUACAUUUCACUCUAUAGAAAAGCAGGCAGUCACCAUCACUGCUACUACUGUUGUGUCUGAAACAGACGGGAUCAUGGAAACAACUCAGCAUACAGUCUCAGCCACCCCACUCAGUGACAGUGAAGCUACCAAACCUUUGUGUGCCAUAACAGGCUUGCACAAAACCGAGGAGUAUAAGGAGAAAACACUUCAGAUAAACAAAGAGAAAACUGACGGAGCUGCCGAGUCUUUGACAAAAGGUGCCAGCGUGGUAGAGAAAGAAACAAGUGGGAAAGAUGAAAAAACUGAGACAACAAAAGACAUGGCAGCCAAACAGACAACAGAGGCUAAGAAGCAGAGUGAGAAAUCUCGUGAAGACACCACAGAAGAGAAAAAUGCAACAGGUGAUUCCAAGCUGAGUGAAAAACGAGAGAUCAGUAAAGAAGAGAUGGACAAUGUGGAGGUGAAAAGAUUGUUAGAAACAACAUCAGAAAGAUUAGAGGUGAGGAGAAAGAGCAGUUUAUCUGAUUGGGAGCUUCUACAGAGGCCCGAUGACUACCCAAGUACCCCUCCACCUGGUUAUGGUGAUGGUGAUGAUGAUGAUGAUGAUGAUGAUGAGGAAGAAGCAAGAAAAUGGAUGGGCUGUUCCCAAGGUAUGUCCAUGUCCUCAAAAGAUGCUUACCACACAGAAUCAUCAAGCAAACAAGACGUAAAGACGGAUCGUCCCGCUGAUUUAAACACAGGAGCUUCGUCUUCUGCCUCCACACAAGGCUACUCAUCCUGUGAGUACAAACAUCGCAAAGGAGAACUUUCUCCAUCCUUCAUCAACCCAAGCCCUCAUCAGUUCUCCAGUGAAGAAGGCGAAGAGAGCGGCAGCAGUGAUCACUCCCAGGAUGGAAACGAGGAUGAUCACGAGCAACACUCUGUGAAGCGGAGGUCGCACAAGCAAAGGCGCCACCACACUCCGAGUCAUGGAGACGCUGGACACGGACCACAGCAGCUGCCUGGUGCAAUGUCAUCUGGUUUGGCCGUUACACUAGCUGGGGAGGAAACCCCUCCAACAUCAGUAAGUGAGUCAAUUCCUUCACAGUCUGACUCUGACGUCCCUCCAGAGACCGAAGAGUGUCCAUCCAUAACUGCAGAGGGAAAUCUGGACUCUGACGAGGAUGCUGAGCAUCUGCCAGUAGACAAAUUAUCUGCCUCCGGAGGAGGGGUGGCCCACCAUCCAGCAUCACCGCGGUCAUCUCAGAAAACCCAUGAUCCCUUUCCUGCCCCUAUGAAGGACCCUCUGCCUCACCCUCCCCACCCGGACGUCUGCAUGGUCGACCCAGAUGCUCUCCUCAACGAUCACAGUGGCACAGAGAAACUUCUCAAGAAAAAAGGACUGAGGAAGGGCAAACCCAAGUCAGCCUCUCCUGCUCGUAAGGGAGAAGUCAAGAAGAGGUCUUCUACCCCAGUGAAGCAGACCAAGGAUUCUGCCUCACCCCGAUCGGCCUCCCUCAGGAGGAAGGACACAGAGAGAGCCUCCAGGCUGAUCAAAAUGUCUGAGAGCCAAGGCUCAAGGAGUGAGCUCAUCAACCCUGGAAAAGGGCUGGUCAAUGGCAUCAAGACCAGUUCAGGAAACAACACCCAGAAAACGGGUACAGCCGUGCCCCCAGGACCCCCAGUGUAUGUUGACCUGGCCUAUGUGCCGAACCACUGCAGUGCUAAGAAUGUAGACCAGGAGUUCUUCAAGAGGGUCCGGGCUGCAUACUACGUGGUGAGCGGGAAUGACCCAGGCAGUGGAGAGCCCAGCCGUGGAGUCCUGGAUGCUCUGCUGGAGGGCAAAUCUCAGUGGGGCUCCAAUCUACAGGUGACAGUGAUACCAACUCAUGACACAGAGGUGACCCGAGAGUGGUACCAGCAGACCCACGAGAGGCAGCAGGACUUGAACAUCAUGGUUCUGGCCUCCAGCAGCACCGUUGUCAUGCAAGACGAGUCUUUCCCUGCCUGCAAAAUCGAGUUCUGAGCUUCAUGGUUGUCGCGACCAACCUUUCAUCGCACCCUCCCCUCCUCCUCCUCGUCAUCUGGAGGUGGAGCGAGAGCAAACAUCUCUCACUGCUCCAAAGCUUCCAUCAUGGUACCAGUCUCAAAAGCAUUUGCUGCAGCCUCAACACUUUAUGUUCACCUGAAUCAAAACUCUAAUUUGUGCUUUGUAACAGUGGGGUUACACUUAAACAUCACCAUAUUCUUGUUUUUUUUUUUUUUUUUUUGCCCUGACACAUGUUCUUAUAUGAGUACAGAACAACAAUCGUGGCCAAAUUUCAAAGUAAAAGCAUAAAUAACCACUGAUUGUAAUUCCAAAACACCUAAAUGGUCAAAAUUCAUAGAAAAAGCUGUUUAAACAUACAUUUUACCAGACUUUUUUUUUUCCCACAAGGAAUUUUAAACUGAUCAUUCAUCAUACAUUACUGUUUUCAUUUAAAAAUAAAAGCUUUCUUUUACACCAGUACAGUUUUACACUGUACAGUUUAGAUUAUCUUCAUAAUGAUAUAAAAAUGGUGUUUUGUGACAAAAAGCCUCCUUUUUUUUUACUCGUGGUAAAGUUUCAGAAGCUGCACAGAGGUUUCCCUCUCAGUUUUCUUUUCUUUUUUUUUUUUUGUUUGGGCUUUCACAGCUUAGCCGCUGCAUGACGCUUGCGUUGUAGCUCAGACUCUUCCAGUGAGCUGCUUUGCAUUAAACCUUUCUCUAAUCAGCCCUCAAUAGUUGAAUGCAGUACAAUGUUGAUAGAGUCCUUCUCUGUUUGGCCACCUGUGCUCAAGUGAAUUCAGUAGGUGUCAGGCAAAGGUACAAGUGUUUCCACUUUUAAGUCUUCAUAACGGCCCUCAUUGAUUGUAUGUUCGCCAGCUUCGAAUAACAGUUUGAUAAAACACAAGUCAAAUAUUCUGUGGUGAUGCAGCAAAUUGCAAUACCACCACCAAAGUGGUGUUUUUGAUUAAGUCAUAAAGAUAAAUGAAACAUUAAUACACACGUUCCGCUACAUUUUGCCAUCUCUGUCCGUGUCACAAAGCGACGGAGAAAACGAGCAGCGACCUGUGACAAAUGUAGCAAACAAAGCUGGUCUGAGUGAGCGACCCUUCAUGGGCAUUGAUACGCUGGUGAAAGCGGCAACAGUUAUUUUUAACGUAAGGGUUGCUUUUUGAAUAACAAAAAAAACUUGUAAAGUGUGUUACAGGAGGCUGCUCUUACUGUACGUGCCUUUAGCGUGUGACUCUGAAGAAAACGGGAAAUGGACCACAAACUGGCAAAUAAAACACAGGACACAACUUCAACCAACUCAGUUCAAACACAACGACUCGCAGCUCGACAAGCAGCCCCUGACUUUGAUUGCGCUGCCAAAUCCAGCCAAACGAUAACUUUACAAAACAGAACCACAUUCAGAGCCGUGUGAAAGUCUUUGCACAGAUAGUUGCACCAGACAUGAAUGCACUUUUCUAUGGUGUGUGGGGGGAGGAGCGUUUACCUGCUGGGCUUUGUUUGUUGUUCAGGUCUGAAGUUAGUGUGAGAAAAGUGGAUUUAUUUGAAGUAAUAGAAGAUAUGCAAGACGUUCCUCCAAUGAACGAAAUGAAAACUUAACAUGUGACGUUAAUCCCCGACAAACUUUUAUAGGUCGAGUUUUUCUAACGGUUUCCCUCAAUCCUGUUCAAAAGCAGGAACGCUUUAGAAGUAGGUUUGUGUGUGAGAGAGUAGAAGAUACUAUUUAAUGAUGGUUUGGUUGGUUUGUUUCUGCGGGUUGGAGCGACGCAGAUUUUAUUUUUUAUUUGUUGCGCUCGUUCACAAAAACAGCUCAAAUUGUAGCUUCAGAAUUACAGCCAUCUUCGUUCUCUCAGUUCUGAAUUGAUAUUCAAGUUUCAGUGCACUUUGCAAAUUUGAUUUAAUUCUGUGGUGUGAGUCGAUUUUUAAAUGAUCAGACGGGAUUUUUGUUCUGUUUGCUGUUUUUUUUUCCUGCUAAGACUUAUGAUUUCAUUAUAUUAACUUUUAUUUUUUGAAAUUGUGAAGACAAGGCAGGAAGGAUGAAUAGAAUAGAAUAGAAUAGAAUAGAAUAGAAUAGAAUAGAAUAGAAUAGAAUAGAAUGGAAUUUUUUGGAUACGUUUGUCUUGGAUUGUACGAUGCCCAAUCCGGAACAUUUAAAUUAAAAAAAUGUACUCAUUUAAGCAGUUUUAGCAAAACACUUUUAAUAAAAUGAACAAUUUAUAAAAAGACUGGUUUAUUAAAAUAGUGAAAUCUGCAUUAAAUAAAGGCACAACAUUAAACAUCAGUUUAUAACAUGCUGGAUGUUCAAAAACACUAAAGAUCUUCUUGCACAGCCUCACUUCUUUCCCUUAGUGACAUCUAAAAACACAAAAAAACAUCUCCACAGAUGACAAAAGGUUACUUUAUGCCAGUCAGAUAUAAGUGCCAACUUCUUUAAUUGUAAAUCCCGCUCACACUUUAUCUUCCAACCCCCUCUGCUCUCUUUCCAUCUCUUUGAUUUAAAUCAAAAAUGACUGAUAGGAAAAAUAAAGCUGCUUUCUGGGACUGCACAAUAUUAGAAAAUGAUUGCAAUAAUAUUCCUGAAUAUAACAAUAUUAUAUCUCUCUCUUUCUAUUCUGUCAUUGCGAUGCUAAAAAGAUUCCUCCGGUGUUUUAGCAUCUCACACAUGAUUGCUUAAAUCAGGCGUGGAACAUUUGGAGCAGGAGUCCACCUGAUUGCCAAAUAUAUCAGUUUGGCUUUUCAACUUUUUUUUCAGUGAUGUUAUUGCACACAUUGAUAUUUUAAUUAUGGAAGGUUUUUGGUAUAUUGUGCAGCCCAAUUAUUUAUCCAUGUUCUUUAUAUUCUUGUUCAUAAUGAUCUGCUAUUAGAGGAGGACAAAGACUAAACUCAUUAUAACUCAAUGGAUCAGAGAGUUUGAUUCAGCUCACUUUGCACAAAUAAACAAUCAAUUGUUCUCCUGAAACCAGUUUACAUUUGAACGGCUCCUUGAACGUCUGUCUCAGUUAUUUGUCUUCAGUACAGGUGGAUUUUAUUUUAUUUACGUGUGCAUCAGAUAUUGUGGAUGGUCAGAGUUGUCAUGACUUGUUGCAAACUAGUUUUUCUUUUAGGCUGAUUCCAAAUAGAAAGUCUUGAGAUUAUCAAGACUAAGAAAGCGCUGUGAAUCUCUAAAAGCUGAACUGUAACGGAGAUCUAUUUUUCUGAAUGUAGGGUUGGUACGGACACAUGAAUGCUGCUGGAAAACAUUAAAAAUAGCAAAAUAAACAAUAAAAAAAACUCACGAACUUAGACAAAUACACAUAAAAUUGAAAGGAGAGAUCUUGAUUUUUCUGUAACAAUAAAAACAUCAGGUUUCCUGUGUCUUAUUCUUACGGAGUGCAAGUUUAAUCCCAGCAAGACGAAAAAUAAAACCAACGGACGCUGCAACUUUUUCCUGAAAAUGACUUGAAACACAUGCAGACUCAGAAAACAAGAAUAGGGUUUGACAAACGCCACAUGUACAAAAUGCUACAGAACCAACGGUACACAGAUUUUUACAUAUCGCUCGGAAAACAACCGACCAACUAUUAUUCUGUGAAACCUGCUUACUUUAGCUGGCUUUAGUGAAGAGUUUAUCAAAAUGGCUGAAACUAAACACAACAAAGCUACAGAAAAAAA